AUAGGGAAGAUAUAAAUCACAUCUACAUCACUCACAUUCCUCUGCAUAACUUAUUGCAUAUCAGUAAUUGACUUUAUAAUCUAUCUUGUUACAAGUGACGCUUGUCGAUACCAAAGUACACAACUCCAACUCUUAAUAUUGGAAAUCGUAGUGACUUCAGGCCUAAGGACUAUUCAUACCAAUAGUCACUAUGAAAAUAUUUAAUAAAGAUCCACGCAACAUUCUCAUGAUGGGUCAAUUCAGUACAUAUUCUCUAAUAUAUACCCAUGUGUCAACGUGAUAUCUCAUAUUCAUGACUUGUAGGAUUAAGUCGUCAAUUGCCUUACAUGCCAAUCUCAAUGCAUUAAUAUUAUCCUUGCAUAUUAAUGCUUGACUAGGAAUAAUUAAGAACAGUGUCUAUAUAUAUCUACAGACUCUUACUAUCAAUUUAACCAGUUGACUAGGAAUAGUUAAGAAUAGUGACUUUAACAUACUAUCCUAGGACAUUAUUAUAUUUAUUCAUCUGGCACAUAUCUGAAAUAAAUAUAAUAACCAUUAAUUUUUAUUAAUGAAAUGUGACACAAUAUGUCCUAAGUCAAUCCACUCUUGAUUGACUCUUAAGACUUACACUAACAUAGACGCUAUUUAAUUAUGUAAACAAAUACUUAAUAUCAAGCACUAGACCCUAUUAUAAUGUUAGUUUUGAAUAAUAAAAUGAGUGCAACAUUUAUUAGUGCGGUCUAAGCAUAUUGUAGCAGCUACGGUUCCGUAUCUGCUAUAACAUUCUUGCCUAAGCAUGUUGUAGUAAUUUUUUUCAUAGCUGUUACAACAUGCUGGUCUAAAGUGUUAUAGUAGCUAUGUAACCAUAGCUGUUACAACGUGGUUAGACUAGAACAUCAUAGUAGCCACAGAAUCGUAGCUGCUACAACGUGGUUAGACCAGAACGUUGUAGUAGCUAUAGAACUAUAACUCCUACAAUGUGGUUAGACUAGAAUAUUGUAGUAGCUACAACUACUACAACGUGAUUAGACUGCAAUGUUUUGGCUUAAGCACAUUGUAACAGCGAUAGUAUGGUAGCUGCUACAACAUUCUAGUCUAAGAGAGUUGUAGUAGCUACAGAACCAUAGCUGCUACAAUGUGGUUAGACUAAAAUAUUAAAUUGUAGUUGCUAUAACGUUCUUGUAGGAUCACAAACAAAAACGUUGUAGUAACUACAGUUUGAUUGCUGCUAUGACAUUGUAUCUGCUAUCAACUGUAGCAUUUGGAUGGAGUGACAAGAUGUUUAAGAUACAUACAUGGGGGCACACAUUGUAGAUAAACAACGACAUGCAGGCUCAGCGAGGCGAUGCAGCACCGAGGGAGUUGAGCGAUGAAGACGGUGAUCAUUAGCUCUGCAUAGUCGCGGCACCGAAGGAAAUGAGGGAGUUUGAAUGGUUGUUUGAAAUAUUUAGGUUUUAAGAGGGAAAGAAGCUUAGAGUUUUUUUAAAAACUUUGAUAGGUGCUGCUACAUUAGAAAAAUAAUUAAAUUUAAUGACGGAUCAUUAUUAUCGUGAAAAUUAGGCACAGUCACAAAGUGAGAGUCGGGGAGCAUGCAUUUAUACGGGAUCCUCUGGUCCUGCCCGCUCCUAAACCAAGGGCAAUGAUAAGCAGGAUUCAAUGAUUCCCAUCUGUUUAGAUCAUUGAAUCUAUCUAUCAUUAUAUAGGAUCAAAAUCCUGAUCAACUGAAUAUAGACUUGAAGAUCUCUGCUCAUAUUUUGAGCAUCGGACAUGAUAUAAGUAAAAUUUUACCAUAUCAACGUUAUACCUAUAUUUAAAAAUACUCAUAUCUAAUUAUUUAAUCGGAUUAAAAAUUAUUUUAUCUCCUUCACCAUUUGAAUUGGAUAUUGAAUUUGCCAUGCUCAUGGUUGCUGACGGACGACUCAGAUUGUUCGGGAUCACGUCGUCUCGCGCCGUUUCGGUCACGCCGUAGAAAACGACACGUGUUUUCUGAUCAAGGGACUAAAAUUCACGUCGUUUACCGCAGACACCUCAUGUGGUGUUCUUCGGAUCUGCUCCACGUUUUGAAAUUUCACAACUUCCCUUCUUCCAAUCAGCGACCGCCAACUGCACCCUAACUCAAUCUUUCAUCAACGGCGAUGUGGAGCGAAUCUGAUUGCUCGAUCAACUUUGGAUCCUAUCACGACCCUACUUUGCUCGAUUUCAAUAUGUUGGAUGGACUUCUAAACCUACGGCUCCGAUAGUUCCAGUCAGACAGAAUCUCUCUCUCGCCUCUCAACUUCAAUCUCGAUAUCUUUCCUCGUCAACCCACUGUUUGAACCUCGAUUUUCUCGAGGUUUUAGGGUUUGCUUGGUCGUGCGAUUCUCGUCGAAAUCGGAUUCGAUCAGGUGAGUUUUGAUUGAGGGGAUCCUUGGGUUCCGAUUAGUGUGUCGUCGAGAGAACUCGGGGGAGUCUUGGUGUACGGAAGGCUGCUUUUUUGACUUUCUAUUGGUCCUUCCAACUUUGACUCUUCAUGGAAUUUUAUGAAGUCCAACUGUCCCUUUAGAUGCUUCAUUCUGAAAUAAUUGUUCCACAUUAACUGGAGUUGAUGCAGCACUGUUUAACUGUGGAUCUAAGGGAGACAUUUGUACUUCAUUUCUAUGAGUUUGGAGUCUUUAAAAAAUUAGAACAACAGAGAGCCAAUCUUUAAGUUCUGUUGUGGGAACUGUAAAUUGAACACUUUCUUUGUCUAUGGAUGUCAUUGAGAUCGAGUCAUCUACUAGUGAAGAUGGUUCCUUUGAUUUUGGAUUAUCAGACACAUCCUUAAUUGACGAAGCUGAGGAUCAACAGGUAAAUAGUGCACAAAGUUUCACCACAGGGAAUAACCAUUCUAUAGACAGAACUGAACUACAAGGUGUAUCAGGCAUGCUAGAUACAAGUCAGUCUUAUAAAAAAGAGCCAGUGCAUUCUUUUACAAGACCAAAUUUUGAUAGUAGGAUGGAAACUAAGAGAAAUGGUGAGACUACAAAAGGUGAAAAUAGUGUAAUUGGGCCUUCAUCUUUUGCUGGAGGAAAUUCAAUCAAUGCUUUGACUAGGUUUAAACCAUCACAGUCUGUGGAUGAGAAGUUCCGCAAAUUGCCAAACACUUUAAUGGAGAGUAGAGACAUUAUACAUGGAGCUACCACGAAUUGGAUGCAGCCCUCAUCCCUGGUUCAUGGAAAAUCUAUCAGCAGUUUGUAUUCAGCUAGCACCAGUGAAGUACAAAAGCACUUGGGCAUAGGAGGUGAUAGGCACAUAGAGCGUGAUGAAAGGCAUAUAUAUCAGGAAGCUUUGCAGAAUCUUGGUCAACCACGGCUAGAGGAUGACCUGCCUCAGGGUCUUUUGGCUGUUCCUCUUUUUAAGCAUCAGAAAAUAGCCUUAGCUUGGAUGGUUCAGAAGGAGAAAAGUACACAUUGUACAGGUGGAAUUCUUGCAGAUGAUCAGGGCCUUGGUAAGACUAUAUCCAUGAUAGCUCUGAUACAAAAGCAAAUGGCUCAACAGUCAAAAUUUACAUCAGAUGUUUCAGAUUGUGUAAAACCAGAAGCCUUAAAUCUAGAUGAGGAUGAUGAUGGGGUUACUGAAGCGGAUAAGACAAAAUUACAAUCCAGAGAAAGUGAUCUUAAAUGUGAGAAAGUGACUUCUUCAAUGAUCAACACAUCAAGCAACACCAGGCCAGCUGGAGGUACAUUGAUUGUGUGCCCUGCUAGUGUUCUUCGGCAAUGGGGUAGAGAGUUGGAUGAAAGAGUUCCAGAAAGUGCAAAGUUAUCUGUUCUCCUAUAUCAUGGAGGUACACGGACAAAGCAUCCCAAUGAACUAACAAGAUACCAUGUUGUUCUGACCACCUAUUCAAUUGUGACUAAUGAAGUUCCAAAACAGCCUAUAGCUGAUGAUGAUGAAGGAGAGCAAAAGAACCAUGAUAAGUAUGGGCUAUGUCCAGACUUUUCAUCCAACAAAAAGAGGAGGCAGUCCUCCAAUGAACAGAAUAAUAAGAAGAAAGGGAAAAAAUCAAAAGAGUCUCUUCUUGACUUUGGCAGUGGUCCUCUUGCUAGAGUUCGGUGGUUUAGGAUUAUCUUAGAUGAAGCUCAAACUAUAAAAAAUCAUAGAACUCAGGUUGCUAGAGCCUGUUGUGGUCUUCGGGCCAAAAGAAGAUGGUGCUUAUCAGGGACACCGAUGCAGAAUACAAUUGAUGAUCUCUACAGCUACUUCCGUUUUCUGAAGUAUGAUCCUUAUUCUGUAUAUAGCUCCUUCUGCGCUUCUAUAAAACAUCCAAUAUCUAGAAAUGCGAGUAGUGGAUACAAAAAACUUCAGGCUGUCUUAAAAACAGUCCUGCUUCGACGCACCAAAGGUACAAUUAUUGAUGGGGAGCCAAUUCUUAAACUACCGCCGAAGUCAAUUUGCUUGAAAAAAGUAGAAUUUUCUCACGAAGAACGGGAGUUCUAUUUAAAGUUGGAGGCUGAUUCACGGCAACAGUUCAAGGAAUUUGCUGCCAUGGGGACGUUGAAACAAAAUUAUGCAAGUAUAUUGAUGCUUCUGCUGCGACUUCGGCAAGCCUGUGAUCAUCCCCUCCUAGUUAAAGGAUUUCACACAGAUACUAUUGGAAAAGAUUCACUUGAUAUGGCAAGACAACUUCCCAGGGAAAUGCUUAUUAAUUUACGUAACCAGUUGGAAGGUUUGGCGAUUUGUACCAUCUGCAGUGAUCCACCAGAAGAUGGUGUUGUAUCAAUGUGUGGGCAUGUCUUCUGCUACCAGUGUGUAUCAGAACGUUUAAUUGGUGACACGUGUCCUGCACCUGGUUGUAAAGAUAUACUUGGUACUGAUUGUGUAUUUUCACGUGGUACCCUGAAGAGUUGCAUCUGUGAAAAUUUUGAUGAUGAAACUUCAACCAGUUCUACAUUUGAUGAGCAACAGAUUACCCAUAGUGGCUAUGUAUCAUCUAAAAUUAAAGCAGCACUUGAUAUACUGACGACAAUUGCAAGUCAAAGUUCAAGUUCUGUUCAUGAUCUUAUAGGCGAUUCUGCUUCUGCUCAAUUAAACUUGACUACUGAAGUUCCGGAGAAGGCCAUUGUUUUCUCCCAGUGGACCAGCAUGCUAGACUUGCUCGAGCUUUCAUUGAAUGAAAACCUAAUACAGUACAGGAGGCUUGAUGGAACAAUGACUCUUGUGUCACGAGACAAGGCUGUAAAAGACUUCAACACUGAUCCAGAGGUAACUGUUAUGCUUAUGUCGUUAAAAGCAGGAAGUCUUGGCCUGAAUAUGAUUGCUGCCUGUCACGUAAUUCUUCUUGAUCUUUGGUGGAACCCAUCUACCGAAGACCAAGCAAUUGAUCGAGCACACAGAAUUGGUCAGACUCGUCCUGUGACUGUUUCCCGAAUAACUGUCAAAGAUACAGUUGAAGAUCGCAUAUUGGCUCUUCAGGAGGAGAAGAGAAAGAUGGUUUCUUCUGCAUUUGGCGAAGACCAAACGGGUACUCAUGCGACCCGGCUCACAGUAGAUGAUCUUAGAUAUAUGUUUAACUGUUAUGACUAAGUUUUGGUGUGGAUCAUCCCCAUUGGAUUCCAAUAUUUUUGGAUAUGAGAUUGUGAUGCUCAUUGAACUUUUUUGCAGUGUUUGCUCCAUCCGACAAAGUUCCUUCCUUUUUCUUGUUUGUAGUCAUAGGUCGCUAACAUAUGUAACAGUAAUAGCACGAUCCAACGAAGGGAUGGAGCAUAAGUUGUAAAUAUGUAACAGGUAUUUUGCCAAGAUGAAUAUGCUGUGUACUUUUAUGGUU